AUGUCCGUCAAGGCCGGCGACACGAUCCCCAGCGUCGUCCUCUGCGACGGCAUGCAGUUCCCGCCGAAGCUGGUCAACGUCGCCGACGAGAUCAAGGGCAAGAAGGUCCUCAUCAUGGGCCUGCCCGGCGCCUUCACGCCCUGCUGAUCCGGGCACCAGGUCCCCGGGUACUUGGCUGCCGAGGAGCAGCUCAAGGCCAAGGGGAUCGAGAAGAUGUACGUCUUCUGCGUCAACGACGUCAUGAAGGCGUGGGCCAAGGACCAGAGCAUCACGGGCGACGGCCUCAUCACGUUCUGGGCCGACAACCUCUCGGUGCUCACGAAGGCGCUCGGCAUGGCCAUCUCGCACCCGGGCCCCAGCGGCGACCUCGGGCCCGCGCGCUCCAAGCGCUUCGUGCUCCUCGUCGAGGACGGCGUCGUCAAGUUCGUCCAGCUCAGCGAGGCGCCCGACGACCCCGCGGGCGACAACGACGCGGCGAGCCCCGUCGCGGCGGAGACGAUGGUCGAGAAGAUCCUCACGCUCCUCUAG